AUGUCGCACAUGACGAACCCGCUGGCCACGCCAGAGCAAUUAUUCCAGCGGCGCUCCUUCGGCGCCCUCCCGCUCGAGCUCCAAGACGCCAUCUUCUUUGCGGCGCAAUGCCUCACCCAAGCCGCCGGCAUCCUCCUCCAGCUGCCGCAGUCCAUCACGGCACAAGCCAACGUCCUCCUAGCGCGGUACUGGCUCGUCGAGCCGUUGAUGGCACAUGAGUUCAGCGAUGUCUCCGCAGCAGCCAUGUACCUAACCGCCAAACUCUCCGCCUCCCCACGCUCCCCGAGAGACGUAUGCAACGUCUACGCCUACCUCGUAUCCCCAGCCUCAACCUUCUUCCACCCACUUCACCAGCCCCUGGCCGCGGCCGCGGCGGAGAACAACCCGCCAAAAUAUUGUUUGUCGGAAUCGCAGUAUCAGUCGUUCCACGCGCGCCUGCUGGCCAUCGAGGCGCGCGUCUUCUACGCCCUGUCCUUCAACACGCACGUUGCUCUCCCUCACCCGCUGGCCGUCACCUAUUUGCAGGCGCUCGAUUUUCUGAACAUGCCCAAGGAGACGAUCGCCAAGCGAGCCCUAGCCUACCUCAACGCCGCGGUGCUCUCCCCACAAAUGCUCUACUGCACCAGCCAGCCCAAUGCGCUCGCCGUCGCGGCCAUCUACAACGCCGCCCGCGACGUGGGCGCCAAGAUGCCCGAGUGCGAAUGGUGGGAGGUUUUUGAUGUCGACAGAGAGGAGUUGGGUUUCUUGGUUGUGGGCAUGAGGAGUAUUGAGGGGUGGGGGAGGAAGAUAAGGGGCGAAGAGGAGCCGAUUAAGGGGUGGAAGGGCAAGGGAAUGCUUACGAGGCGGAUGGUGCAGGAGGAACUGAGAAGGAGGGGCAUUGAAGAAGUUGGAGAGGAGGGGGACGAUGUGGAGGCGGAUAUGGCUAGGAGGUUGGACGAGAGGAUGGCCGAGCUGGAAGGGGGAAGCUGA